CAGCAUUUCGACAUCACACAGCUAUGCAUCAAACAUGGUGACAUCAUCCGGACAUGCAUCAAACAUGGUGACAUCAUCCGGCCAUGCAUCUAACAUGGUGACAUCAUCCGGCCAUGCAGUGAACAUGGUGACAUCAUCAGGCUAUGCAGCUAACAUGGUGACAUCAUCAGGCUAUGCAGCUAACAUGGUGACAUCAUCAGGCUAUGCAGCUAACAUGGUGACAUCAUCAGGCUAUGCAGCUAACAUGGUGACAUCAUCAAACUAUGCAGCUAACAUGGCGACACCAUCAGGCCAUGCAGUUAACAUGGUGACAUCAUCCGGCCAUGCAGCUAACAUGGUGACAUCAUCCAGCAAUGCAGCCAACAUGGUGACAUCAUCCGGCCAUGCAGUUAACAUGGUGACAUCACCCAACCAUGCAGCCAACAUGGUGACAUCAUCCGGCCAUGCAGCUAACAUGGUGACAUCAUCCGGCCAUGCAGCUAACAUGGUGACAUCAUCCCAUGCAGCUAACAUGGUGACAUUAUCCGGCCAUGCAGUUAACAUAGUGACAUCAUCCCGCCAUGCAGUUAACAUGGUGACAUCAUCCGUGUAAA